AGGGACAGCACCUACCAUAGGGCAUAAGGUAUUAUCAGUGACAUGUUAAGGAAUUUGCAGACUCUUCCUUUGUCAAGUCCCUUUCUCUCGAUAUUUUCAACCUUUCACAAUCAUGAUUCUGUUUUCUUCUUCUAUUACUUUUCAUACUCUUAUAUAUGAAGCAAAGUAGAAUCUUAUAGAAAGAGUGUUUUGAGGGUUUUUUUGAGGACCCUUUUGGAUUUGAAAGAAUGAGUAGUUGUGGAAGGGAAGGUGUUGUGAGACAAUAUGUAAGAUCAAAGGUUCCUCGUUUAAGAUGGACACCUGAACUUCAUCGUUGCUUUGUUUAUGCCAUUGAAACUCUUGGUGGUCAUCAAAAGGCUACUCCUAAACUUGUUCUUCAGUUGAUGGAUGUUAAAGGGCUAACAAUUUCACAUGUUAAGAGCCAUUUGCAGAUGUAUAGGAGUAUGAGAGGUGACUCAUGCAAACAAGAUAGGACUACUUCCGUACAUAAAAAACAAUCUUUUCAGGAGCAUGAUGAUGAUGGAUUUGGUGAUCAUGAAUCUCUUGGAAUGGAAUCUGAUUCUCUCUUUAGCUACAGAAAUUUCUCCCCAAAAAGAGCUAGAAUCGAGAAGAGAAAUUCCCUCUCAGGAAUCCUUGAAUGCAGAGAAAGAAUAUGUGAAGAAGUUCCAAAUCCAUACACUACUUUUUAUGAUUAUGUGCAGGACAUGGUUCAGCAACAGCAGAAGGGAAUAAAGGAGAUUUGUUUUGUUGGUCCAAUAUGGCAUACUCCUCAACCACAAUAUUGCACAAUCUUUCCUGUGCUACCAAAACAAGAAACUGAUUUGCUCCAGGUUACCAAGUUAAAUGAAAAGAAACAUGUGAAUGAAAUUGGCAAGACUAAGAGUGUACGUGCAGAAGAUGAGGAAGAUAUAAGGGGUUGUGAGUUGUCAUUAUCAAUUUCAUUGCCCCAUAUUUCCCCUCAGAGAAGUAAUGCUUCUUCAGCCAAUGAUAUGAGAAACUCUGGAUUUAGCAACUAUAUGGGUUGUUCCACUGUCCAAAAAAACAUAACUAAUUUGGACCUAUCUUUGGCCAUUUGAAUAUUAUUAUUAAUACACAUAUGGAUGCAUGUUUGGCCAUUUGGACUUAGUACUAACAUUCUAGAAAGGUACUAUACCUCUUGGAACAAAACAUAUGGUAUAUAUGCUGAAAUUUGAUGUCAGCUUAGGGAAACAAAAGGUGAAAUCCUAAUUAAUGAAAUUUCUAGUAGCUUUGUUAACUCAA